GCGUUUUAUCAUUUCUUGAGUACUGAAUGUAGUUCGAUACAGUACUAUUACGAUGAUACCAGCUUCUAUACGGCUAUUUCGACGGUCACUGAAAAGGGUUCGCCCAAUAAUGUGUACGAUUGCCCGUGGUUUUGUGGCCGCCAUCUUAGUUUCUUCGCCACGUGCAAAAGGUUUCUUCUCGUCAAGGCUGCAAUAUUAUGCGAAUUCAACCUGCAGCUUCCAACAGAUCCGUUUAUUUAUUUCUGGUGACAUCUCUUUAAAUCCUGGCCCGCUUACCCGGUCUCAGUCUGCGUAGUAGAAAGAUAUUUCAGAUCGACUUUACCCAACUCUGCAUGGAGAUCUCUUCUUCUAAAGGCCUUAGAAUAAGUCAUUUGAACGUUAAUGGUCUUCUGGGCAAGAUUCAUGAAGUUAAGGUAUUAUUACUCACCUUAAAAUUCGACGUUUUCUGCAAUCACUGAAACCCAUCUCCGAUGCAGAACUAAGGAUGCCGAUAUUUAUAUUCCUGACAACAAAAUCGCUAGACGUGACAGGUCGGAUGGUCGGAAAGGUGGAGGAUCUGAAGACCUAAAUGCAUACGAUUCGAGUGAAUUGUCCUCUAAUUCAUCUCUAGAAGCUGCUUGGAUUGAUUUAUCUCUCCAUUCCCAGCGACUGUUGAUUGGUUCAAUCUACAGACCCCCUGACUGCUCUUCUUUCUUCGACGAGUUUUCCGAGGUAAUGGAAAUUUUAUGGCGAAAUCGUUCCAAUAUCAUCUUACUGGGAGACUUCAAUGUUAAUUUAUCAUCCUCGUGUGACCUUUCUUUAAAAAGGAAAUUCACGAGCCUACUUUGUAAAUUCAAUUUAAAGAACGUUAUCGACGUCCCCACCAGA